AUGACUUUCUUCUUCCCGUGGCAGAACAUCACCAAGGACUAUAAGAUCGUCGGGGCGUACACAGAUGGGAUCAACGUGCUGGGCCUCAUCGUGUUCUGCGUCGCCUUCGGCCUCGUCAUUGGAAAGAUGGGAGAAAAGGGCCGAAUCCUGCUGGAGUUUUUUGACGCUCUGAAUGAAGCCACCAUGAAACUGGUCCAGAUAAUUAUGUGCUACAUGCCUGUUGGGAUCCUGUUCCUCAUUGCUGCAAAGAUCAUUGAGGUGGAAGACUGGGAGAUCUUCCGGAAGAUGGGUCUUUAUAUGGUGACUGUGCUGAGUGGUCUAGCCAUCCACGCGACCAUCUGUCUGCCGCUCAUCUUCUUCAUCGUGGUGAGGAAGAAUCCGUACACGUUCACUCUGGGAAUGGCUCAGGCCCUGGUGACGGCGCUCAUGAUCUCCUCCAGCUCCGCCACCCUGCCCGUCACCUUCCGAUGCGCCGAGGAGAAUAACGGCAUCGACAAGAGGAUCACGCGCUUCGUGCUGCCAGUGGGGGCCACCAUCAACAUGGACGGCACCGCCCUCUACGAGGCGGUGGCAGCCAUUUUCAUCGCCCAGCUGAACGACUAUGCUCUGGACGUGGGACAGAUUGUCACCAUCAGUAUCACAGCAACAGUUGCAAGUAUUGGAGCAGCGGGAGUCCCUAACGCUGGGCUGGUUACCAUGGUGAUAGUCUUAACAGCUGUCGGAUUACCUGCCAGUGACGUCACUCUGAUAGUUGCUGUUGAUUGGCUGCUGGAUCGAUUCCGCACCAUGAUCAACGUUCUGGGUGAUGCUUACGGAGCCGGAAUCGUUCAGAAACUAUCCAAGAGGGAACUAGAGAGGAUUGACCUGAUAUCGGACGUGGACGUGGCCAAUCCGUUUGCCCUCGAGGCCACCCUGGACGACGAGGAGUGUGAGAAGAAAUCCUACGUCAACGGAGGCUUCACCGUGGACAAGACGGACGCCAUCUCCUUCACAGAGACCUCGCAGUUCUAGCUGCAGGAGGAGGAGCUCAGAGGAGCGCUCAAAGUGCCACCCUGCUGCGGCUGAGAUGAGAAAAACCUCCCAUCAUGCACCGGCCCCAUAAAGAGAGAAAACGCUACCCCACCAGCCCAGUCAGGCGCCGUCAUCAGCAAUAGCUGCCUUCAUCAAGCUAAGUCAAUACAGCCACCCGCCAUUUUGGACAUUUAUAACAAACACUUACGGUAAUUCAAGUGCUUCCUUACAACACUUAAACUGUGCCAAGAUUCAGAAAAGUCUGCUUGUCUGCGUGGGAAGAAUAUUUUUGGAUGUAUCUGAUGUGUGUGCGUCUGUAGUUAGCAAAAAAACAACAAAUCUGUUCAGACUGAUGAAAAUCUAAUGAUUAGAUGGCAAACAAAAUGUCUGAGCGGUUCCUUUUUGUGGGCUGUUGUUUAAAAUCUAUAUUGCACUGCUUGUACAUUAAUAUAACUGUGUAUCUACAUGUAUAACAUGUUUAAAUGUGCCAAACUUAGACUUUUAUUUCGUUCGUUGGUUUGUUUUUCGAAGCUGCAUGAGGCAAUAUGUGAAAGAAAAGCGGAUCGCUGACUGCACAUAUUCUGAGGGAACCUCUGACAAACAGACUGAUGAAGUCAAGGAACACUGUGAACUCUGAAAACAUUCUACAGAGCCAGUUCUCUGGCAUUUAACCAUGUAUUACAAAAUAUCAAAGUUGUCUUUGUUCAGAAAAUGUAGGGAGGGUGUACAGUAUACUAAAUACUCCAAAAUGCACGUACUUUAGUGGGAACUUUUCAGUUGUUUAAGCAAUUUUGUCGCUGUUUUUCUACAUAUAUUCUUCCACAACUUAACAAGCAUAUUAUUCAAUAUGGUCUAAGAUCAGAAUGUGGGUCCAGAAGACAGAAGAAAAAUGUACAAACAUAUUAAUUUGAAGAGGACAUGAUUAUUGUUAUUAGGGUUAAUAGAAACAAACUUCUUUUGGGUUGAGAGAGGCACCUCAGAGGUGCACCAAUAAAUUUAAAUAAUCCUGUGACCCCAAAUAUUACACCGUUGUGUUCAUUCCAUUCGUAUGGACAUCCCGUAACACACAUCUAUGUAGGUAGGUAGUUUAUUUAUCCACAAGCCGAAUCAUCUUACCUCACUUUUUCACACAUUAUUUGUCGAAUUAAAAUGCCAAAUGUGUACUUAUAGGACAUGGGAUAUGGUAGGUACUUACAUUUUAAAGUCAUGUUUUUACUGUAGACUGAACUGCAAAAAAGCAGCAGCUGUUCCCUUUCACUCAAUUCUUUCUUAUUUGGUUUGCAUCUGAACGAUACGAUCCAUUAAAGUAAUACACUUAAAAACUUUGUUGACAUUUCUAUGGAUGAAGUCACUCAAAAAGGCCAAAUCUGCUUCUCUGCCUCUUUUUUUCCGUGCUCAUUUUUGCAGGAUCUGAUCAUCCGAACGCUUUCCUAAUUUUUGUAUGUAAAGAAUCAAGUUGUCUUGAUGAGGUUUGGUGCCUCUAUCAUUUUCCAGAACUGGUCGUAUAUUUAACCGCUUUCAGAUUUAAUUCCCACCUGACAGAGAUGCUUCAUUGUAACGUGAUAAAGACCAUUCAGGAUGACUCACUGAUUUGCAGUGAGCCUACUCUGUAAUGGAGACACAAAUGUCCCCACAGCAGAAAGGGGAUUUCAGAUCUCCGGACUGUCGGUAGGAUUUAUGAAUCCCGUUUUUGAAUCCAAGGCACAGUAAAAUGGCGGAUAACUACAUGAUGUGCACAAUUGAUGCUGUAAAUUCUACAAGAGUUUGAACAGGAACACAAACAUGCUGACCAUUUAGAUCAGGUAUGCCAAAUAGUCUGAUUUUUUUAAAGUAUAAAAUCCUCACAGUGAUAUAUAGUAAGAUACAGUCAGUAAUUAUAUUCUUAAACUUAAAAGUCUUAAUUCAUGAUAAUUAGACUGAUAAGCAAAACAACCAAUAUGUGCACUGAACUGUUUAAAUUAGAAAAACUUACUGUAGGGGGAAAUAAUAACUAGCUGCUAUCAUCAUGUCAUCAUUCGGCAGGAAACUCUUAGAGGAAGAAUUCUAUUUCAACAGUUAGAUUGGCAUUUAAAGGCCCUACUGUCCGAGGAAAGAGAUUGCAGGAAUUAUGUUAAUAUUUAUAUGUUAGAUGCCGAUCUAUCCAGGGUAAAUGCUGCAAAAAUGCUAAAAAAUGUCAAAUCUGAACUAAUCUGAAAAUAUCACAAGUAUAUGUACAGACUCACAUUAAAUUGUUCUUUUGUGCUUAUGGACAGAAAAAUAACCACAUGGAAGAAAAGACUGUGUUUUAAGAAUUAUGUUAAAAUGAUACAUCACAAUUAAAAUGCAACAAUUCCUAAAUUUGAAGUUAAAAUGUUAGAGAUAAACACACUUCUGUCAAUCUGAAAAGCUGAGUUUCCUUCCUGUUCAACUGUAAGGGAUCUGUGAUAACUUUACUUAAAAUGGUGAUUUUAAAUAAAUGACAGGUAGAUCAAGGUCCUGUGAGUAUUUUGUGGCAGCUGAAAAGUGAAAGGGCCAGAAGUUUAAACCUCAUCACACAGUACAGUGUGUUCUAUUCUGAUCUGGACAUUCAAACGUAGUUAGUUUUCUAUUAUUCAUUUACCAGGCAAAACAAUUCCCAAAAGAUUUGCAUCCCAAAACAGCAGCAAUACUACGUCACAAUGCUGAAACAGUUAAGGAAGACAUCCAGUAACUCUUCCAGCAUGAGACUGUCCUGGGGGGGGGGUUGGUGGUUCUGGGAUCCUGCCCCUCAGCUCUGUGGUCAGCACACUGACCACGUCGCAGCUUUCUGUGUGAAACACUUUUGAGCAACAACUGAUAUUUCUAAUCUGACUGCAGAAAUGGAUUCUGAGAUCUUUCGGGUCCAAAUAUCUGUACUGGACACAGCCUUAAAUAGGACGGGUCAGCAACCCUAAACAUUCAAAGAGCCUUUUUAACCCGUUUCCCACAGAGAAACAAAGAG